AUGGGGAGGAUGAGCUACGUCAUGGCGACUGCGGAACUGUACGAACGCGAGCUGAUUGUCCCCGCGACCACGUCGAACACAAACCUGCGCCGGCGGUUGUGUCAAGCCGUGACACAGCAACUGCAACCGGGCGAGGUUCCUAUCCGGCUGGCCGUGACGGGCCGGGUGCGGAUCCCGGGUUCCAAUCAAGAGGGGCACCACUGCGAAAUCGGUCUGCUGCGCUCGUUGGACAGCAAUCACCGCUCCGCGUCCAUUUUCCGCCUGGACCGCCGGCCUGUGGAAAACGCCCAGCAGUUCAACGCGGUUCUUCUGGUGCCGACCGGAGUAGGGGCGGAGAUCGGCGGCCACGCCGGGGAUGCGAUGCCAGUGGCCGCCCUGCUGGCCUCGGUCUGCGACACGCUGAUCACCCAUCCCAACGUGGUGAACGCAUCGGACGUCAUUGAGAUGCCGGCCAACUCCCUGUACGUUGAGGGCAGCGUCAUCGCCCGGCUGCUGCUUGGCCAGGUGGGUCUGCAACGGGUCCGCAACAAUCGUUUGCUGGUGGUGCUCGGGCCCCAUGACGACGAACUGUUCGUCCAUGCGGCCAUCAACUCAAUCAACGCGGCGCGAACGUCCUAUGGCCUGUUCCAGCCGCAGGUUCUCCGGCUGGAACAGGGGCCUUGA